GAAACACAUUUUUCCCGAAUGUUUUCAAUACAGUAGUCUUAUCACCGAAACGACACGAUAGUUGACAGGUCACAAUUCACAUCAAAGUUUCAACAUGACGAAUAAUGCACUAUGGUUUUUGCUGCUUCUAGUUGGAGUUGGAGUUACUUUUGCUUUUGCGUUUCCAAACGCUCAUCAAAACGCUGAGGAAGCAUCAAAGAAUGCAGUGGAAAGUACUCAGAAAAUUCGUGCAAAGCGGGCUUUGAAAGAUUCCAGUACAGAAUCAGAUGCACCGGUUGUGGAUACUGAGUGGACAGAUAUGGAUGCUCAAACGUUGAAGAAAUGUAAUGCCACAGUAGCCUAUAUCAACAGUCGGCGUUUUGGUAAUGCCCGUCGGGAUAUCUCGACGUACAUAAAUGACCAGCUGACAAAGAGCUUUCCUGGAUACGCCUGGCAAGUUGUUGUCGUGUCGGAAGAUACAGACGGCUAUUUAAAUUUCCAUUUUACUCGCACCACCGGAACAAAGUACAAAGCAACGUGUAACGGAAACAUCAUUUACAUCUGGGCAGUUGCAACCAAGGUUUGAUCACCGGUUAAAAGUUUUCCAAUACAUCCGCUGGAUUUGAUUCGCGAAUCAACUAUGCUAGCAGUGCACGCAGAACCAAGAGAAAAUAGUUUUUCUUAAUGUACCUCGAAUUUGCAAACUAAAUGAAUCUACUAUAACCUAUCGUUUUGCUGUUACUCGAAAUUAGAAUGAUUUACCAAUAUUAACGAACAAAGGUCCUUAGUUUGCAGCUUGCUGGAGCUCUCGCUACGUACAUUUUUCGCGCUCUAAUAGUUGAUUACUGGUUUUAAAUAAAGAAACGCGGAGUUCA